AUGGAGGAACCGCAAGCCAUGGCAAGAGCCUGGUCGAUUCCGACCGAGAUUCUGCGGGCAGAGCUGGCUCGACGAGCUUCCGACGAAGAAGCCGGCCAGCCAACGCGGCCAGUCUGCGGCUCCGGCAAGAAAGGAGCCUACGAAACCGGCCUUCACGUGUUUGCGCUCUUCCUGAUCUUGACGAUCAGCAUAUUAGCAUGCGGCUUCCCCCUCUUCAACCGCCGCACCAGCAAAGGGAUGCGUCCCAGCAAGAUCAUCUUUCUCUGCCAGCACUUUGGCACCGGCGUGCUGAUCGCCACGGCCUUUGUCCAUCUCCUCCCGACAGCCUUUCUCUCGCUGACCGACCCCUGUCUUCCCUACUUCUUCAACAAAGGUUACAACCCGCUCGCCGGCCUGAUCGCCAUGGCCUUUGCCCUCAGCGUCGUCUGGCUUGAGUCCUACCUAACGACACGCGGUGCCGGCCACUCGCACUCGCACAUGUGGGAGGAAGUCGACUCGGACGAUCCCGACGGCGGCCACAGCCACGGCAACGGCGCUGCACAUGGGCCGGCCAACGGCCUGGCUGCACACCGCAGCUCGAACCAUCGUCCGAGACACAUUGUGCUGGGCGAUCGGAGCGCGUCCGAGGGCCUCAUGGCCGGGGCCUCGCCGCUGCCUGAGUCGACACCGACACGGCCGGGUAUAGGGAACAGGGGCAAGAAUAACAAUGUCAAUGUCAAUGAUGACAUUGACGACGGCGACGGCGACGACGAUGAUGACAAUGACGACGAGCUCGGACUCAACGUCCGCCUCGACGAGCUGGAUCAGGCUCCAGACCAGCCGCUGCCGGUCGGCGAGACGAGUGCACCCCAUCUGCCCGAUUCGGCCGAGCAGAAGCGGCUCAUGCUGCAGUGUCUGCUGCUCGAGGCCGGCAUUCUCUUCCACAGUGUGUUCAUCGGCAUGGCCAUUUCGGUCGCGACCGGGCCGGCUUUCGUGGUCUUCCUCGUCGCCAUUGCCUUCCACCAGUGCUUCGAGGGCCUGGCACUCGGCAGCCGCAUCGCGGCCAUUCACUUCCCUCGCGCAUCGUACCGGCCUUGGCUCAUGGUGCUGGCCUAUGGCACGACCACGCCUCUCGGCCAGGCCAUCGGCCUGCUCGUUCACAACCUCUACGACCCUCUCAGCCAGACCGGCCUGCUCAUGGUCGGCAUCAUGAACGCCAUCUCCAGCGGCCUUCUGCUCUUUGCUGGUCUCGUCCAGCUCCUGGCCGAAGACUUCCUCACCGAGAAGAGCUACAAGACCCUCCACGGACGGCGCAGAACCCAGGCGUUCCUGGCCGUCAUCUCCGGCGCCAUGUUGAUGGCCGCCGUCGGCGCUUUUGCGUAA